AUGUACAACCAUCAGUUCUGGAACUACAAUCUCAACCGAGGGAACAAAAUCAAAAGCUGCAACACCAACGACAUCAAUAACAACAACAAUGACGUCACGAAUAACAACAACAAUGACGUCAUGAAUAACAACAAUGACAUCAACAACGACAACAACAACAACAUGUUUUUCUUGUUAAGAGACACAGGCGAGAUAAGAAGAUAUGACUACUAUCAGUACUACAAUCGUUAUCACAACCGGCUGCUUUUUGAUAGAUCAGCUGAUUACAAGUCUAAUGGUGAUACCGAUAACGAUUACGUUGUUGUUUCUGCUGAUGAUUAUGAUGAAAUUGUUGGCAAUACCAGAUGCUUCUGCAACAACAACACCACUUGCAACAGCAACCGAUUCAACCACAACAUUAACAAUAGACUCAACAACAACCGACUCACCUGCAACGAAAACAAUAGACCUAACUACAACCGACUCAUCUUCAUCAGUAACAAUAGACUCAACAACAACAGAUUUACCUGCAACAGCAACAAUAGACUCAAUAAAAACCGACACAUCUGCAACGAAAACAAUAGACCUAACUACAACCGACUCAUUUGCAUCAGCAACAAUAGACUCAACAACAGCAGAUUUAUCUGCAACAGCAACGAUAGACCCAACAGCAACCGACUCAAAGACAAAAACAGAUCCAGCAACAACGGCUACCCAGACAUCAUCAUCUUCAUCAUCACCAUCGUCAUCAUCGUCAUCACAUGA